GUGAGACAUGAGUCAGUUCUUGGGCCGCCAGGACUGUAUCGAAAGCCUCAGAAAAGACCUCGUCGACCUUCAAGGUGCGACCCUGGACGUCUUUUCUAGAACCGGACCGGUCCGCUUCUCCUCCUGGAAGUUCCCCGAUAAACUCUCCUGUAAUCUGGACAUGGUUGUUCUACUGGAGCAGUAUGACUUUGUGGAUGGGGAGGAUGCAUUCAACCAGCACUCCCACAUUGUGUUACUGGAGCUGGUGAUUGACAGACUGCUCCUUCUUCUACAAAGCUUCAAUGCUUAUGUUGAGCAAAUUAGUUGCAGCCACAGGAGAGAACAAACCCAGCAGAGAGGAUGCCUGUCAGUUGGUCUUAUUGUCAGAAACUACUGGAGUAAUUUAGUCCAAUUUGCCAGCCUUAAGGGGGGCUACAAAGACAUCAAGAAGCAGACAAAAGAAAAGGCAUUUGACAGUGAUGAGACGGCGUCAUCUGUCUCCCUCCAACUGAGCUCAAGGAGUGACUUCUGCAGACAUUGCUCAUCUGCCCGGUCUUCAAAAAGCUCCUCACCACAAGUUUUCCCCCAGAAUCACGUACCCUCCAGCCCUAGCCACAACAGCUAUCCUAAAGUCGACAGCCACAAUGUAAGCUGCCAGACGGUUGAAUCAUCCCUCGCUCCCUGCGAUGCGUGUCACCAAGUCCAAUCCUUAUUGAGAAAAACAGGAGAUGCUUUGAUAGAACUGUUCCAGAGUGAGGGCCUGCCCUCAUCUCUUCAGCCGCUCUUAGUAGCAGUGGAGGACACCCUGGAGCUGGGACAUAUGACAGCAGGUGAUGUCGCCCAGUGGGCCAAUGAGCAGCUCAGGGACCUGCGCCGGCUGGCAAAGCACCUUCAAGAUGUGCGGGGUACGGUGCAGCCUCUAAAUGAAAGACUAGCGGCAGCAGAAGCGGAGCGGGAGAGAUUGAGGUCUCGGUUGGAAAGAGCCCAGAAAGAGUUCAGGGAUCAGACGGAAAAACACCAAGCAAACAUAGUCCAGCUGGAGUUUUCACUGCGGAAAGCACAGAGAUUAAUGAAAGAAACAGAGCAAAGGCUGCAAGAGGAGCAGCAACAACUCAGGAGAGAAACUCAGAGCUUGGAGGAGAGUAAUUCCAGACUGAAAGAGAAAGUAGCAGUACAGCAAGACACAUUAGAAGCACUUGAAUGUGAGAAGAAUGUGCUGCAGGAGAAAGUGAGGACCUUUCACGUUGAGGAAGACGCCCGUUGUAAACUACAGCAAAGGAUCCAGCAGCUAGAGAGUCAAAUCUCAGACACUCAGCUCAACCUUGACAAAGAGGCCGCCAAGUACCACAGCGCCUGUCGCCAGCAAGAGUCAAUGCAGGCCAAGCAGACAUCUUUGUUAAAGAGAGUUGACGCUCUCGACGAAGAGUGUGAAGAGCUGCAGAGGCAGUUGGGAGAAAGAGAGGAGAGACAGAUCGACCUGCACAAUCAGCUACAACAGGUGUCAGAGGAGAAGGAAAAAGUGCAGGCCCGGCUCGCUCAACAGCAGGACCUGUGUUUAGAGCUCCAGAAGGAGAAGCAGACACUUGAAACACACGUAGGCGAGCUAAAGAACAGCGUGGCUGAGCUGAAGGAAUACGUGCAAACCUUGAUGGAGAGGGAGAGGGUGCUGGUGGCGUUCCCAGAGCUCAGCCCCCUGCAGGCCCAACCACAGAGUACGGGAAACGUGCUUUUGGAUAUGGAGCGACAAUUGCAGGCAAAUAACAUUCGUAUGAAAGUUCUGGAGCAGGAAAACAUCACCCUGCACACCAGCCUUGUGAAACUGAGGGAAAGGACACAAAAUGAUGCCGGCAGGGAGACGUCACCUCUGCUCAGCACUACAGCAGAAAAACAACAAAAUCACCCGACACAAACACAGAACAGCCGCUUACAGAGCAGCAGUGCAACGCGGCUGGGAUACAGUAACAGAGGGAAGGAAGCAAGACGGGGGGAAAGUGGUCUGGAGUCAGCUGGGUCGGAGGAUCGCGUGUCCACCGCCGCCGCCUCCCCCUCGUCCAUGCAACUUCACCUUCAAACCCUCCACCUCAACUCGGGCUCCGCCGCUGCUAAGAGCCACACGAGAACACGCAGUGGUUCUCUACUCUCUCACUCCAAGAGCUCGAAUCAGAGGAGGAAAUGAAACACUGAGUCUUUCAGAUGGAGAGAGAAAGAACUCGGCUUUGUAUAAGGCAACAGCUACGUGGCUCAUAAAGGCACUUUCCCUACAUUAAUGUCAUGUCAUUAUGUACACUUAUGACAGUUACCAGUGCUAUCUCAUUAUGUGUAUAUGAAUAUAACUAUAAUAAACUUACUGCGGAUAUAUAGAAAUAA